UUCACUUCAGCCUUCAGGUACCCUCCGUGGCGCUGACUCUCUCUGGCUCUCGAGAUUCCUUCAAUUCCCAGAGCCGCCCUGAGCCACCGCACCUGUCAUGGAACUGGCACCCGUUAACAUCGCCGUUGGAACCUUCGGAUUCUUCCUCAUCUUUGUUCUCUCCCAAUCAAAUCCUUCCACGUUGUCAUCACCACUCCUCCCUCCACCUUACCAUGGCGCGCCUUCUGCCGUGAUCCUCCCUCUCUAUCCUUCUCCCAAGAAUUCCUCUAGAACCUCCUCCAUCUCUCCUCGUCACCUCCUCAGAUCUGAUUCUCACUCUUCCCAUCCAAAUGCUCGCAUGAGACUCGACGACGAUCUUGUCCUCAACGGGUAUUACACUGCGCUGCUUUGGAUCGGAACACCUCCACAGCAAUUUGCUCUUAUAGUGGAUACCGGAAGUACUGUGACGUACGUUCCUUGCGCCACUUGCGAACUAUGUGGUAGGCAUCAGGAUCCGAAGUUUCAGCCUGAUCUGUCCAGUACUUACCAACCUGUAAAGUGCACUUUGGAUUGCAAUUGUGACGCUGACAGGGAGCAAUGCAUUUAUGAGAGACAGUAUGCUGAAAUGAGUAGCAGUAGUGGUGUACUUGGUGAGGAUUUCAUGUCCUUCGGGAAUCAAAGUGAACUUGUGCCUCAGCGCGCGGUUUUUGGUUGUGAAAAUGAGGAAACUGGCGACCUUUACAGUCAACAUGCUGAUGGCAUUAUGGGAUUGGGUCGUGGUGAUCUCAGUGUUGUUGAUCAACUUGUUGAGAAAGGUGUGAUCAGUGAUUCUUUCUCAUUAUGUUAUGGAGGGAUGGAUAUUGGUGGGGGCGCUAUGGUUCUUGGAGGCAUAUCUGCUCCAUCAGACAUGGUCUUUAGUUAUUCAGAUCCUGUUCGGAGUCCAUAUUACAACAUUGAUUUGAAAGAGAUACAUGUUGCGGGGAAGCAGCUACAACUGAACCCGAGUGUCUUUGAUGGAAAGUAUGGAACUGUUUUGGACAGUGGUACAACAUAUGCGUAUCUACCGGAAGUAGCAUUUUUGGCAUUUAAAGAAGCUAUCUUUAAAGAACUUAAUAGCCUGAAGCAGGUCCGUGGCCCUGAUCCAAAUUACAAUGAUAUAUGCUUCUCUACUGCUAGCAGUGAUGUCUCUGAACUCUCAAAAACAUUUCCAACAGUUGAAAUGGUAUUUGGCCAUCAGCAAAAAUUAUCGCUAUCACCUGAGAAUUACUUGUUUCAGCAUUCAAAGAUCCACGGUGCAUAUUGCCUUGGUAUCUUCCAAAAUGAAAAGGAUCCAACAACCCUUCUAGGAGGAAUCAUUGUACGUAAUACUCUAGUUACUUAUGACCGCGAACAUUCAAAAAUUGGUUUCUGGAAGACUAAUUGUUCUGAGCUAUGGGAACGUCUGCACAUGCCUGGUGCGCCAUCACCAUCUCCAUCUUCACGUGGGAAGGGUAAUUCAAUUGAGUCGCCAACUACAUUAGCUCCUGGUGGGUCACCACACUAUGAUCUUCCAGAGGAAACUCAGAUUGGUAAAAUUAAAUUGGACGUGUCAUUCAGCACCAACUACUCAUACCUAAAGCUUCAGAUCAACAAACUGACUGAGGUCAUUGCUAAGGAGUUAGAUGUUAAUGCUUCACAGGUCAAUUUAUUGAAUUUUACAUCCGAAGGAACUGGUUCUCUUGUCAGAUUGACCAUCACCCCUCCAGGAUCAUCAACUUACAUUUCUCAUGAGAGUGCAACAAAUAUAAUUUCUCGACUUGCUGAACACCGUUUGAGGCUUCCUGAUACUUUUGGAAAUUAUCAAUUGGUGCAAUGGAAGGUUGAGCCUUCCGUGAAACGGACAUGGUGGCAGCGUAACUAUAUGGCAGUUGUUGUGGCCGUCAUCAUAAUAAUAGUGGUCGGAUUAUCAGUUUAUGGAGUUUGGGGUAUGUGGGGACGGAGAGAACAAACGUUGAAUACGUAUAAACCUGUUGGUGCAGUCGUUCCGGAGCAAGAACUUCAGCCACUAUAGUCUUUCAAACCUCCGUUUCGGUUUUGGUUAUUAUCCAGGUUUGGGAUAUGGCUUCUGAAUCGAUACAGUUUUAUGGUUGAAAACGAUUUUCUUUUUUUCCCCUUCAUUAUUUCAAAGAUGGAAAGUAUACAAAAGAAUUCUUCAAUUAAAUGCCAAACUGAAUCAGAUAAAAAGGGAGAAACUCAUUAAUCAAUAAACAUGAAUCCGUAAAUGCUCAUUAAUCAAUAUAUAUAUAUAUAUAUGUGUGUGUGUGUGUGGUUUUGGUUUACA